GAUUGAAUUUGCCAUGCAGUUUUGUCAUAAAAUUCGUCGGGCAAGGAGUGACGCGCGCGUUUUCACGUUAGAAAGUGGAAAUAUUUCGACGUGUACAAAUAUUUUUUGCUACUCUGCGUUCAGAGAUAUAUUUAUCCUCGGUUUGCCGUGAGGUGGCUGUCCCGCCGUACGAGUUCUCACGUCUUUCAUCUGCGAGGCGCGGAAUAUUUUUUUUAUUGAGCUGAAGCACGAAGAAAACUGCGAAUGAGUGUAAUUUCCUACAAAAAUGUAAUAUAUUGUGAAAAGUCUAACAACGGAUAUAAAACAGGGGACAAAUCAAAAACAACUUUUAGUGCGGAUUUUACUUCAGGUCAUGUCAAUUUCAACGAUACUUACUCAGUUGCAGUUUUAGUUACCUUAUUCUGAUUGAAAUCACAUACAAUUUUCGAAAAAUGCAGAAAACGAAAAAAUUAGAUCCCACUUCCAGGAAAAUCCAUCAGCGGAACCAGAUAACUGAUUAUGUUGUGUAAAAUACAAUAUCCGUUUUUCCACAUCAAAGGGUCCAGUUGAGUACGCCAUUUAGUGAGCAGCAGAUAAUCUCGGAUGGAAAUGAAGCUUACCAUCGAAGUGGUAGAAUACUUUACCACUACGUCAAGAUUUAAUUGAAAGUGCAAAGUUUCUUGAGGCGAACAAAGAAAAGAUGAGACGGAAAGGAAAAUGAAUGAAAACAGUGGUGGAAGUAGUAGCAACAGGCAUAAUAAACUUAUCUUUCUUCUAAUAAAAUAGUUUUUAAUGAGUUAUUUCUGCUGUGCAAGCAAGUGCGCGAUAGUGUCAGGGCGGUGCACCGAGUGUAGCCCCGAAAAGUGCCUAACUGCCCCGCAGUGGCGGCUUGCGAGAACCAGAAGAAGAAAGAAGAAAAGUGAUCAGAGGCGGGCGGAAAUUAAUCGCUAAAGUAUAAAAUAACUUCCGGUCGCGGGCGUUUACACACCGAUUCGAAACGGAACCUUCCAAUAAGCUUCCCUGCUAGACUCGGUAACCGCCGGCUGGUUUACACAUCAGGCUCAGGCCGGGUGUCACGGGACCAUGGAACGCCGACGCUCGGUUAGACGACGGCAGAAACCGCCGUUUGCAGAACGUUUCAAGGACCACUGUCGAAACUUCACUGCAUUUAUGUUCAGCAAUGUUGGGAUCAUUUUUUUAGUCGUUCUCUACAUGAUUGCGGGUGCGUUCAUGUUCAUCGCGAUCGAAGGCAAUGAAGCUUUAGAAAGGUUUGCUCAAAUACCGUCCAAGAGAAACGAGACUGCCAUGCGGCUGUGGCAGAUAUCCUGCUGCGAGGUGAAUGUGUUCAACAAAUCCGUAUUCGAGGAAAGAGUAGGAGAAGAAAUACGUGCCUAUCAGGAGAAGAUUGUGCUCUGGUAUCGCCGGGGCUGGCAAGGAAGUGACACCACGCUGGAAAGUGAAACGCAGCAGUGGUCCUUCUCCGGAGGAUUCCUGUACUCCCUCACAGUCAUCACUACAAUCGGCUACGGGAAUAUCGUUCCUCGCACGGAAUGGGGCAAAAUCGCUACGAUAUUCUACGCAAUCAUCGGAAUGCCACUAUUUCUUCUUUAUCUUUCCAACAUAGGUGAUAUUUUGGCCAAAUCGUUCAAAUGGAUCUACGCCAAAUUUUGCCUGUGUCAGGUGUGUCCGGGUGUGGCUCGGCGGCGUGCGUUCCGUGCCAGACGUAGAGCCAGAACCGAGGAUCGUGAAUACCAGUCGGAACUGGGCGAAAACGGUUUCGACACGGCCACCAUCACCACCUCCAACGUGGAUGACGACAUCGACGAGGAAAUCACUGCCGAGACGCAAACUGUGACCGUUCCAAUUACUAUUUGUAUAAUGAUUAUGAUCGGAUACAUAUUUUUCGGUGCUCGAUUAUUUGCAGACUGGGAAAACUGGGAUAUUCUAGAUGGCAGCUAUUUCUGUUUCAUUUCAUUAAGCAGCAUUGGCUUCGGCGAUAUCGUGCCAGGUGCCUCGCUGCAAACGAAGGGUGACACGAAGAUGGAAAUCAGCUUCAUUCUUUGUGCCAUUUAUCUACUGCUCGGCAUGGCGCUGAUAGCGAUGUGCUUUAAUCUAAUGCAGGAGCAAGUUAUCUACAAGAUUCGGUCGCUGAAGAAAUGUGUUCGGGGGUGUCUGCAGUGCAAGAAGGCGGCCGCCCCACCAAUCGAGGAGGAAUCCGACAGCUGAGAUAGGAUGUACGUACAUCAACGCAGUUUGACAUCGUGGCUAGUGAAUCUGAAAAAAGUAGCAGUGACAUCAGUAGAACCAUAAGUGCUCAACAGUUACUGAGCUAGACUGAAUUGCUAUAACCGUCUCGGGAGUUGCAUUCAUCGGGAAGAAGUCAAGCUGAACACUGCUAUACUGUUGGUCAUAGGAUAGGACAGCGAUUAAAGACAAUGCGACACAGUUGUUGAUUUUUUUGUUUUUAUUUUUAUUUAGAAAUUAAUUUCUAGUCGGCGUUUCUUCUCUGAUUAUCUUAAAUUUUAGAGUGAGUGACAUUACUGAUAAGUUGUUACCAUAUAAGGAAGUUUCGGAUCUAAACGAUUGUCAAACAUUCCAGAA